AUGUCAAGUCAGCCAUCAGCGACUCCCACGGCCGGCAACAAUAACAGCAACAACAAGUUGAACAAGCGUGGCACCAACGACCAGAACACCAUGCAUGUCGCCGACGGCUUACACGUCGUCGUCAGACUACUUCCUUCCACAGGCCUCGAGGGUGCCUUCCGUGUGCACGUGCUACCCGAGAGCCUGCAACACGCGGGCCUCAAGCUAGGCGACGUCUGCGAGAUCUCCAGCGAGGACGGAUCUCACGGCUACGGCAUCGCAUGGCGCGCCGACGACCGCAUGGGCACUCGCCCCAAGAACAGACCCGCCAAGAUGACAGAGACCAUUCGCAGCGCUUUUGGCUUCGAGGAGGGCUCGACCGUCACCAUUGCGAGAACAAGCGCCAGCAUCGUUCGCGCCGACAGGAUCGUUCUGUCCGACGUGACACCGCCCGAGUACAACAAGCCCGACGAUGUCGACGAUGGAUGCUGGAGAACGAGAACGACCAAUUUGUUCACCAACUGCGAGGCCCUGGCUCCAGGAAUCGCGUUCGAUGUGGUGGGCAGGAGGAAGUUUCGCAAGCGCUUUUACAUCGAGGUGAGCCUGCAUCACCCCGAGACGAGCGCGGCACAAUGCACUGACUGCAGCAGAGCAUUGAAGCAAAGAAUGCGCCAACGGAAUCCGCCUGUCUCUUUUGCUUCUGUGAUAACACUCAACUCAUCAUGCCGGGCGCUGCCCUAGCCAACGUCAACGGUAAGCUUUCUGCAUUUCGCUGUCUCGAUUCGAUGGACUCCGAUUGGACAUAGCGGGAGCCUCUUCGGUGGUCUUGGUCCUGUCCAAAACGUCGAGACACGGUUGUCUUCAUCCAUACGCUCGAGACCGAGCUCCGACAAGGAGAUCCGUCGGCGUUGGAGUUCCACUUCUCGUUGAGAUACUAACGAUUGAGCAGGUGUCAAUACUACACCGAUUCACUUGAACAACAACAUUGAACUUGGCCUGGAUCUUAGCCGCAUAGGAGGACUACUCGAACAGUCCCGAAUCCUGAAUCGCCAAUUGCGCAGACUGCUGCACACAACUUCCAGUCGCUCCACAGGCGGGAAUCCCAAUCCUCCGGUCCUUUUACAUGGAUACGAAGGGACUGGCAAGAGCAUGCUCAUGAACGCGCUGGCGGAGAUGAAAGGCCUCAGAAAGGUCGUUCGGGUCGAUCGCGCGAGACUGACUGGCGGCUCUAUCUCCAAAAACCAGGCCAUCAUCCAAGACUCCUUCAGAGAAGCUGGCAAGAGUCAGCCGGCCCUGGUCCUUCUGGACAACCUGGACACUCUUACGCCCACGGAUGACGUGGCAUAUUCCGAGAUCCUGGCGACUUCAAUAUCGUCCCUCUCCGGCCAAAAAGUAAUGAUCGUAGCCUCAACACGAUCACCGACGAGCUUGAACAGCACCGUUUCGAGAACGUUCCGUCGGUCUUUAGAGCUUCCUAUCCCGGACACUGAGGCAAGAGAGCAGAUCCUCAAUGUCCUGCAAGGAAAGCCAAUGUUCGCAACCGAUACCAUGUCAACUGCAGUAGCAGCGCAGACCCAUGGCUUCACCGGAGCAGAUAUCGAAGCCCUGUAUGGCCACGCCGAGGUCAUCGCUUACGACCGCUACGAGGAGGAAUGUGAGCAGCAGGAAUUGGCUCGUUCACCCACGCCUCCAGCGUACGAAGAGGUGCCUGAUCUACUUGAUGGGUGCUGGAAUGGCGGGGCUGGAAGCCAUCCAACAUCCGAGGUCACGCUCAGAGAUCUCAAGGUAUGGAAUCCAUCCCCGACGCAUCCCCUAUUCUUCGCCGCUAGGGGAUUUACUAAGCCUUUUGCUCUGCCCAUGUUUCUGAGACCUCUACUGACCUCGACAUUGUAGGCUGCUCUUGAACUAUCUAAGCCCACAGCUCUUCGCGAAAUUUUCUCCGAGAAGCCAAAAGUUCGAUGGGAAGACAUUGGCGGAUCCGAAACCGUCAAGAAAAGCUUUGACAGGAUAAUUGGCUGGCCUUUGCUUCACAAAGAGGUCCUCGAAAGGGUGAAAUACCCAAUGCCGAGAGGAGUUCUCCUCUACGGCCCACCUGGCUGUUCCAAGACUCUCACCGCCCAAGCCGUUGCCAACACCUACAAUUUCAACUUCAUCGCCAUCAAGGGUGCCGAGCUGCUGAGCAUGUAUGUUGGAGAGUCCGAGCGCGCCGUUCGAGAGGUUUUCCGCAAAGCCAAGACGGCCGCACCAUGCGUCAUCUUCUUCGACGAGAUUGAUGCCAUUGGCUCAGAUCGCGCCAAUGAAGGCACCAAAGGACUCAAUGUGCUCACGACUCUCCUCAACGAAAUGGAUGGCUUCGACACGCUGAGGGACGUCUUCAUACUAGCAGCGACAAACAAGCCGGAGAGCCUUGAUCCGGCCCUGAUGCGCCCUGGACGGUUCAGCAAGCACGUCUAUCUCGGCCCUCCAGGGGUGGCAGCUAGGAAAGAGAUUCUCUCAAUUGCAACACGCGGUGUGGCCCUCUCCGGCGACGUCGAUUUCGACGGCCUGGUCGGUGCGACGGAAGGCUAUUCGGGCGCGGAGAUCGUCAACAUUGUUCAGAUUGCGAAGACACCAGCGGUUGAGAGACACUUGCUCAGUAGGCAUGAGGAAGUUCGAGUCACUGCGGAGGACUUUAAGCUAGGCCUACAGGAACAGAAGAAAGGUAUUACGAAGGAGAUGCUAGAAGGCUAUGAGGUUUUCUUCAAGAAGCAAUAG